UCGAUCGAAACACCUCUUCGGGAAUUUUAGAGCGCCCUCUUUGCUACGUCCAUUGUUGCAAUCUCUCCUACGAAUUUAUCGAAUAGAGGAGAGGAUUUUGAGCAGAAACCCUUGUACAACCGCGCAUAUAAAUACUAAUACUGAGAGCUCAAGACAUUUCAAGUGUUAGGGACUUCAGAAAAUGUCAUCAACACUGGGCCAUCGUUAGCAAAUUAUUUUUUGAGUCAUAAAGGCUUAUCGAUUGUUUGGUUUAUAAAACACACGAAGAAGGGAACACAGCAUUUGCUUAUAUUCGAUGCUCGUCGUAUGGUUUUCCAUAAUUUAUUAUCUUGAUUUUUCUACGUAAAUCGAAAAUUGCUCCUUCGAAUAAAAUCAUGGAAAAAAUGUUUUUGCAGAAUAAAAGUGGUUUUUACUCGCUCGGUUUGCAAACGAACGUGGAGGGUCCAAAAUUGUUGUAUGAAAACUGUUCAUUAUUGCAAAAAUUCACAGCGUCAUUUUAUUCGCAGUGAAAAAUAAUGGUUUCAACAAUAGUGAGGGAAAACGAGCGAUGAUUUCACACAGAACUUUUUCGAGUCCAGAAGCUCGGUGCACUCUGCUAAAAGGCCUUUUGACUGUUCUCGGUCAAAACGAUCAGUCUUAGCAUUACCGGUCGAAAUUUCGAGGCACGAUCGUAAGAGAGUUCAAAGAAAUCGAGAAAUAGAAUAAAAACUGUUUUCCAUUUUUGUAUUUAUGCCAAAGAGAUUUUUUUACGUUCCCGAUAAAUUUGUACGAAUAUUUUGCAACGAGUUUCCCCCUAGAAUGGAUUUCGUUGCUUUUCUUUAUUUCUUUAACCCAUCCCCGACGAGCCUUCGUUAUCAAAUGCGAGCCCCUAGAACCGCAGGAUCGCGAGUUUUCGGAAGUUUCACCGAGUCCGACCGAGUGGACUCGUAAGCGCAUACGUAUACGGUUCUCUCGAUCCUCAACAAUCCUCAUUCUUUCUCCUCUCGUGUUGUGCUUUGUUACACACGACGGUUAAUUCUUCUUUCCAUUACGAAAGUUAAAAAAUAGGCGCGCCCGAUGUUAGCAUUAAAUAAUAAUUUAUAAAGAAGUGUUGUGUGUGUGUGCGUGUUGUGUUAAAGAUCUGCUCUGAUAUCCUGGAGGUUUUCGUCGGAUCAUUAGACUUCGGCGAUUGAAUCGUCGGCGAGAUUGCAGUGCUGCUCUGUGCAAUGUAAAAAAAAUCAUUCGAAGAGCUCUGAAGGAGUGACGGAUUAUCGAGUGUGUCAAUCAGUAAAUCGAAAAGAAACUCUUUGAGAGAGCAUCGACUUGGACAGAAAAAUUGACGCGAAAAAAAGGAACAGAUAUGAGAAGGUGCAAGAGUUGAAGGAGCGUGGUAUAACGAACAGCAGCAACCUGCCUCGUCCGUUGGAACCAGCCACACUUAUCACGCUAAGAUGACAUAGAAUGGGUUGGGUGGCGCUAGGGCGGCGUGCGGGUGGUGGCGGACGCCUCCCACCUAUCCUCUCGCUGUCUCUCGCCUCCCUUGCAAGUUCCCUCAUCCUCACCACCCUUUGUGUCCUCACCCUCGCCCUCACUCUAGCAACUUUUGUUCGUGCUGACGACAUCUUCGAGGAGGGAAAAUCGGACAAGGAGAUCCUGGACGAAUUGCUGCUAUCAACGCGGUACGACAAGCGGCUUCUGCCACCGGUCCAAGGUACACUGAGGCCCCCGCCCCAUACUCGCCAAGAUGACUACACCCCUGACCUCGAACCCAAUGACCCCGAUAAAACCGAGCACCUCAAACAUCACCGGCACCAUAAUCAUCACACCAAAGCACCACCGAUACACAACCACAGUUCAAUGCUCAAUUCACGACGAAAGGGAACCUUGACCGUCAACGUGAGCGUGUUGCUGUUAAGUCUGGCUUCACCGGACGAGUCCAGUCUGAAAUACGAGGUCGAAUUCCUACUCCAGCAACAGUGGUAUGAUCCCCGUUUGCGCUACAGUAAUCGAUCACGAUACGAAUUUCUCAACGCGAUCCACCAUCACAAUGACAUCUGGCUACCGGACACAUACUUCAUCAUGCACGGUGACUUCAAGGAUCCUCUCAUACCGGUCCACUUUGCGUUGCGGAUAUAUCGCAACGGCACCGUCAACUACCUUAUGCGACGUCACCUCAUCCUUUCGUGCCAGGGUAGACUUAAUAUAUUCCCCUUCGACGACCCGCAGUGUUCAUUCGCCAUUGAGAGCAUAUCGUACGAGCAGACGGCGAUUACAUACGUUUGGAAGAACGACGAGGCAACGUUGCGCAAGAGUCCGAGUCUAACGACCUUAAAUGCAUACCUCAUUCGAAACCAGACACUUACGUGUCCGAUAAAAGCCAGCUGGCGAGCUGGAGGACCUCUGAUCGUCGACAACGAGGACGAGUUCGAUGAAUUUGGGGAAUCUAAGUGCUCGCUGUGCCAGCGCAGGUUUGAGGAGCAAGGUAACUACAGCUGCCUUAAGGUGGAUCUCAUCUUUACGCGAGAUCGAGCCUUCUACUUCACCACAGUCUUCAUUCCGGGAAUAAUACUGGUAACGAGCUCGUUCAUCACGUUCUGGCUCGAGUGGAACGCCGUGCCCGCCAGAGUCAUGAUUGGUGUCACGACGAUGCUCAAUUUCUUCACGACCUCGAACGGCUUUCGAUCGACCCUUCCGGUGGUCUCGAAUUUAACCGCGAUGAACGUCUGGGAUGGUGUUUGUAUGUGCUUCAUAUACGCGAGUCUCCUCGAGUUCGUGUGCGUCAAUUACGUUGGACGUAAGAGACCACUUCACAACGUCGUCUAUCGGCCAGGCGAGAAUCCCGUCACCCAGCGGCUUCCAGCGGUGCUCAACAGGAUAGGGAUUAUAUUGGCCAGCCCCUUGGGUGAAAAGAAACGAGAGGGUGGCAACACAGCCGGUACCGGUCCAGGGGCAAACGAGAUAAUCGCCUGCACGAAUUGUGGUCCAAAUCCAUGCACUCACACCGCAACAAAUGGAUGUGCCGCCGAGGUACGAAAGAAAGAGCCGCCACAUCCGAUAAGAGUUGCUAAGACGAUCGACGUUAUCGCAAGGAUCACCUUUCCGAUCGCCUACUUCAUGUUCCUCACAUUUUUCUUCAUACACCUCAAGGGAGUAGUUUCGUAGAUCGUGCGACUACCGUGUGUUGCAUCGAUCAUCGAAGAUUUAUCCGUCACUCAUCGGAAAAUGAGUAAACAAUAAAUAAGAAAAUCUACUGAGCCCCCGCAUUACUUUCGAGGCUAAUAAUGGUGCAUGCGGCAGCCCCGCAUCGACCAAAAACAAGAGAAGACGAUUUUCGACGAAGGACGAUAUGAUCCGGUGCAUUGUGAUUACUAAAGGAAUAAUUCGACGGGUUUUGUGCUACGAUAAAAUAGUUUUAUCGACGGGGACAAUUAAGUGCAAUAAGAGCGAAAAAAUAGAGAAGCUUACGAAAGUGGGUUGACGAAAAUGCUUUGACGCGUAUAAGGAAAUGCUUAGCCUAGUUGAAGGAUCAAAUUUCACUCGCAUAAUUUAUUAGUUAAGUGAGAAUAUAAAUAAAUACGAAUAUUCGUUUCACGUUUCGUCGUAGAUUUUUUGUAAAGAAGGAUUCUCGAGUAACGAGAGGCGUGCUGCUCCGGUGACUCAUCGAACGGAUUGUUUUGGAAUUUAAGAACAAUAUAGUUACGAAUUUAAGAGAGCAAGGCAUGGCACGAGGAAGCGACGAGAAAAAAAAAUGAUCUUCGUCAUCGACACUUUCGUUAUAAGAAUACAUGAAAGUAAUAUACUUGGUGCUUUUCUCGAUAACGCUCGCAGUUUUUCAACAGCUGGCUCAACAAUAAUAAAAACAAAAGAGAACGAAGAUUAAAAGUAGCGGCGAGCGUGAAAAUAAUAUGAAAAAAAUGCCAUAAAACGUGACACAACUUAAAUAAAUCAAACGUAGUUAUUUGUAAAACUCAUUUAAUUGCGAAUAUAUGGUAUGAAUAUCUCAGUAGAGCAUAUUUUCUAGAAGUGUGAACAAAAAAACUAAAAAGAAGAAAAGAACGAACACUAAUCAUCCACACUAUUGCAGUAAUUAAUUAUUUAUCAAUUAUUGAUUAUUACGACUACUAGUCCUGCUACAUGUAAAUUAAUAUCAUACUAUAAUUACAAUUACUAUUGUCCUUUAAUGCCAUUAAUACGAUUAUCAAUUAACAAGAUAAAAAAAAAGAAAAAAAGAGACGAUGGGAGAAACGAGAAGCGUUUAAAAAUGAUGGAGAACCGUACGCGAGCAAACGGUUAUAGAGCGCUGCGUGUUGAUUUGUGCCCGAUGAGUAUUCAGCAAUAUUUACAGACCAAUAUAUUUAAAUUAGCGUUAUUUCGCUAUAUUAAUGACAAUUACCGCGUUUUCAACAUAAUGAGGUAGUAUUAAUCGAACGAAAAUGCAUAACUAAAUAAAAAUUAAUCAAUCAUUACGAGGCAAACUCUAGAGAUGACGCGAGAUGUUCUAGUCAACGUAAAAUUGCAUAUUUUCAAUGAUCAUUUCAACGCCAUACGAGGCGAAAAGGAUUUAUGAACGAAUAGAACAUCAUUAACGAACAAAAACUGAAGAUUUCUCACUAAAUAUAAAGUGGCUAGCGAUUUAAUGACGUGAGUAAUUUUCUCGGUUAUCCCAUUUCACUAGUUUCGGAACACAUCAACUUGAUAUCAUUAGCGAUGACGAACAGCCCAAAUUUCGCUGGAACAAAUGUCAUUUAACGUCGCCUCAGUCGUAAAUGAGCGUUCGAGUCUUAACAAAGUAAUGACUAUUUAAACUCAGUCGGUCAUUUUUGCUUUAGCGAACUGUAAAAAUACGAACAAAAGCUUCUCCAUUUUUUCAGUCAUUACUUUGAUUGAUUUUUCUGAAUUUUUGUAUUUGAACAUGAUGAAGGAAACGAAUAAUUAAUCUAACUUAUUUAUAAGAAAUUUGGCGAAUUGCAAAAAGUACUUCGUGAAUUUACGGAAUAAUUGCGUCCCCAAAACCGUUUCGGAUUCAUUUUUUAUUGACCCUCUAACUGACUCGUCCUGAUAAAUAAAUGACAAAAAAACAAAAAAUCCAAUCUGGUUGCAUAUCGUAUUGAUCAGACCAACGAUGUAAUAACCGAGAUGUUGAAGAUUACUGCGUUCAUUAUAUAUCAAUACUGCUGUAAACAUAAAUAUAUCCUAAAUAUCUCUCUCUACACUUCAGAUCUCAUCUGAAAACUGACUGCCAAAAAUUCAGUAGAUGAGGCGCACUUUUUUUUACAUAUUUAAGAAGAAAAGAAAACAAAGCGACAUGCCCAUGUUGCGUUGAUCAAUACCGUCUACAUACGAAAUCCCGUGUGUAUGUGUGUGUGUGCGUGUGUGUGUAUGUGUGCUAAAUGAUGAUUACUGGUAAUAAAAAAAAAUUUUGCUAAAUAGCUCGUCGAAGAAACAAAAGUGAGACAAAAAUGAAGGAUAAAGAGUUUUUGAUCGCAAAUCAGGUAAACAAAGGGAGGAAGAAAAAAUGUGUUAUAUACAGGAAAUAUAAAUGUGUAAUUCAAACGUCCAUACAAUAGUUAAAAAGAAUAAAGUCAAGAUAAUUAAUGCACACAUGAGAUUAUCCAAGCGAAAAACCGACCAGGAUUAUCGAAUACCCAGAUCGAGACAAAAAAACACACACACAGGAAAAAUCUCUGGUAGAUCCGCAUUGCUCGUAAUAACGAGGAGAAAAAGAUAAAUAAAGUUACGCUGCGUAUGCAAUGAGAAAAGAAUAAGGAAAAUAAAUGACAUCUCGAUAUAUGACGCCCGUUUUUUCUUUCGAAUAUAAAUAAUUUCAAGGGAAUAUCGUGUUACUAGAGUACGAAACUUUCACGCUAAAUCCAUCACUCUCAACUUCAACCCUUUUUCAAAAUCUGUUCAAAAAGUUUGUCGCGAUCACGAAUAUUUUCGGUUUGAAAACUUUCUUUUACAAAUUAACGAGUGUUUUGUCUCUCGCAACGAUUAACAAUACUCGUAGCUUCAUUUGAAUUCAUUUGAAUUCAUUUUAUUUUGAAAUAUUCCCUUUUGUUUUUGGAAGUUUAAAUUAAAUAUUCACAGCUAAUAAAAGUCCGGAAUAAAUCUUUGUUGAGCACACUGAGUUGACGUGAAAGGCUCGAUUUAUAGUAAAUAUACGUAAGACGCUUUUAUAAAAAACAACAUCAAUCAAGAGAAAAAUAGCUAAUCCCUACAAGUUUUAUACGCUAUUCAAUGGCCAUCUAAAGACAUGGCACGCUCGAUGACUUCGAUUUCGUCAUAGUGGAAAAAUUAAUGCACUCCCGAGGAGGGCAUGUCUACUGCAAAUGGUUCAUUUAUAGCUACGUAAUUUUUCAUCCAUUAAGCGAUAAAUAAAUUCUCCAAUCGAAAAAAAAUAUUCUUACGACAGUGAAGUUGUCAUUACAUUGAAAGGUGGAGAAUAUUCGAUUAAAGAAAACUGAAAAAAAAUGAUAAACGAUUGUCAAGAGCAGUAAUUGCGAAGUAAUAAUUUUCAUUGUUUUCGUUCGCAUCGAGCUCCUUGUGUACACGUGCAUACGAAAACUCCGUUAAUUUCAAUGACAAAAAACGCGAAUAAAAAAAUAUUGAUGUACUAAGAAAAAAGUAAAUAUUCGUUCGCGUACGAUGAGAUCGAGCCUCAGAUAAAUUCUAUACAAUUGUUGCGAUUUGACACAACGAAUAGGCAUGAAACUUACAAUUAAAGUGAGAUUAUUCGAAGAGAAAAAAAAGCUCCGUGUGAUUCAGCUGAUACUCAAUUUCGACUUCAUCGAACCUCAAGCAAAUUGAAACACGCCAAAUUGUCAAACACACUCUUUGUAACAAGAGCAAUAGAUCGCAGGAGGAAAAUAAACACACCGGUUGAAAAAUCAUUGCAGAUAAAAUCACGUAAAUGACUACUCGAAAAAAAAACCAUUCUGUAUACCUCAACAGUGCUGAUGUCGAAUGAGAAUAUCCUGAUAGUACGUAGCUAACGAAAAAUGAAAUAACGCUGUAUUAUAGAAAGAUAUUUCAUUAUCAUUGAUGAUAACUUUAAAUGCUCCACGGACCAAAGACGUAAACCCUACGAUAAAAGAAAAAAAUAAUAAUGCAGAACUUUUAUUAUCGUAUUAGCUGCACUUACUAGGCUGUGGCCCACAUGUGAAACCCGCAUAAUUUGAAUGCUUUCACGUUGCGCAUCGUUAUACAUAAUAUAUUAUAUAUUUAUUACCCAACAACCAAUAAAUUAUUAAAUAAUAAUGAUUAUUACGAUUGUAACAAAAAUUUAUUGAAUAAUACACGCGAAGCAUCGUCCGAUCGAUUUCAUUUCAACUUUCACAAUAACAAAUUCAACUGAUUUGAACUUUUACUUAUACUUUUUCAUUCAAAAUAAUAUUCCAUAAGAAGCUGAUCGAUGAUUAAUAUGUUUACGAUAUUUGAAUAAUAUAAGGACGAUUGAAGAUAAAUCUUUCUUCUCUUUUGCAAUGUGUAUCGCGACGACAGUCUUCAUCGACUUGAACUUGAGUUUGUUACCUCUGCUGUGCAGUUGAUUGUUAAAUAUAAAAACGAUUUAAAAAAUAAUUACACACACACACACAGUCGCAUACACAGAGCCAUAUGCAAACACUUACACGCGCACUGAGAAUAAAGAGAAUAUGGAAAAUAAAUUUUCUUCCAAUAUUUCGUAAUACCGGUUCUUCUCGUAUAAUGAAAUUUUAUGUUUAUUAUGGAAUACCUGUCAGAUUAGUCGUUUUUUAAUUACGAGUUGAUUUCAGUUAGUUCAACAUUUUCUUGCGUUCGUUGCUUCUACCAGGAGAUACAAUUCGGUUGGAUGAUUUUUCGGUAAAGUCAUCAAUGUACAUAAUUAUUUUCAAACGUUUUUUUCGUUAUUCAAAAGUCGAAAAUUCCAUUCUCAGUACGCGUACACAACCACGAUAUAAUAAGUAUUUCGAUUUGCCAUUAAUGCUGAAUGUGGAGGAAAUGAAAGAAAAAGGAAAUAAAAAGGAGGAGAAAAGUUGAAUCGUUGAGAGCGAGGGAAUUAGAAACUGAUGCGAAGAUUCAUUUCGAGGGCAUUGCUCGGUUUUGUAAUAAAGUUCUGCGUGUAUCAUCGAAUAAUGUACAGUCUAAGUUGUCAAGAUAUGAGACGGUACGGCUAAUUAGUUCGUAGUCGAAAGAGGUUGCACUGAACAAAAAAGAAAACAUGAUUUUUGCACUUUUCAAUGCUAAGCCAAAGUUACAAAUGCUGUAUUUUAUUCAAAUAAAGUGUCCUUGACACACCAAACAUUUUAAGCUAUCAUGGUAUAAGUGUUUUGAAAAAAUACAAAAUUACCCGAUGAUCCCGUUCGAGACGAUUCGUUAUUUUGGCUCGAGACCACAUCUUCAAACUCCUUUCAUUCUUCUGACAACUCUUCCUUCAAUUCGAUAAUUGCAAUCUUUAUAAAAAUAUUUAAUUUGUACUUUAAAUGACUCUGGAAAAUGAAUUUUAGAUUUUUCAUCUUGCAGACAAAAGUGUUUUUAUCAAAUGUACGAAAAAAAGGUCCGUCGCAGGACUAUCGAGCUUGGUAUUUGACAGAACUGAAUCGAAUCGUAGCAUUCUCCGAUUUUUGCGAACGAAUGACCCGGAGAGAAAAAUUGGAGCCGGAGAGUUUAUUUUCUACUAUGCUAAAUACCGUACUGUACAGAAGACCACACAGCUUUGCUGAUAUCAAUUACGGAAUUCAAUUUUUCACGCACUGUCCUUCAUUUUGCUGCCAACGAUUUUACUAGGAAAUAAUGAACUCUUUGUAAACGGAGAUAAUGUUGAAGUAUGAGCAAUUGGCGUGUAACAAAGUUGACGAAAAUGUUGAGGAAGCGAAAAAAAUCGUGGAUUCUCGUUGAAAGAAAUUCAAUCACCCAAAUACCCAGAUACAUUGAGGUAGUUGUGAAACAAAAAUUGUAGCGUAGCUCGCAUUGUUUGGGACUCAAAGAAGUGGAAAAAGGUACUUUUAUAUAUUUGAAUCGGAUUCGUUCGGAGCGAUGGGUCUUAAUUUUUUUUUCUCAAAAUGUGACACGUACAAAAAAGCCAUUAAAUUUCUGCGGCAAGACGAAACGCCUUCGGAACGAUGGUUCCUUAAGGUGUUUCGCUCAUUCGAAUGAUUCUCAAGUGGAGAAUUUUUUCGUGCGGCUUUGCGAGUAUAUAAAUCAAUUUGUGUCUCAUUCUCACAGAUUUUAUGAGAAAUGCGGAGAGUUUGAAAAACAGAGGAGGUCAUACUGUGAGAUUGAUCGCGAGCACAGCCGAAUUCGUUAUUAAAACCCAGAGAUUCGAGGUGCUAGAAAGGAAAUGAAAUAAUUUGGGAAAUAGGAAAGAACAAAAUCCUGAAAACGGAGAAAUCAAGGAGCGUAAAGUGCCGUGAAUAAUGUGAAAAGUUCGUCAAAGUCCAACGAAUAUUGUAAUUUAAAAGCCAAACCACCAUGUAACAGCGUUAAAAAUGAGAAAAAAAAAUUCAUUUAAUAUACGCCAUCUACAGAAAUAUAUUUUGCAAUUAUCCUAAGACUUCGCGUUUGAGACAAACUUGAUAAAAAACAAUACAGAACCCAAAUAUCUAUGUCAUUGUGUUCAAUGUUAUUAUUAUGAUAAUUAAAAAUGUUCAAAAUUUGAAAGACAUUUUCUUUAAAUGUACCAAUUGGCUGAAAAAAAUAUGAAAAAUAUUGAAAUAUUGGAACGCACGAUAUCAGUUGAAGGUUUUCUAAUUUUUCUGGCAAUAGAUUGCAUUUUUUAUAUUCGCAUACUGAGUGGAAAGAGAAAAUUUUGUUAUCCACGAUUUGAGAGAAAAUUCGACUUUAUUCAUCCAAGAGACGAUGUUAUUUCGAAUCACUUCAUAAGGAGUGUAAAAUUUGAAAGUUUAUACUGAGUUGAAAAAAAAACCAUUCAAUGACUCUUUAAUUCUCUGCGAUGUCAUAAAUUCGAUAUUUUUUAUUUCAUGUUCAACCAGGGAAUGAAUGAGCGACUUUGAUGGAAACUUAAAACUCUGUUGAAUCUUUAAGUACUCCAUGAAGAUUCGAUAAAAUUCGAAAGUUAUCGAUUGAGAUCGUGCGAUCGUAAAAUUGGAAUCGCCUAAAUUUAUAAAUAUGUACAUAUACGGCAAGAGACGAGGAAGCGUAAAGAGAGAGAGAGAGAACGAGAGAAAGGAUAAUAUAACGGGAAUAAAUUGUGAAAAAGAUGAGAAAAAUGUAUUCUAUGGCGAGCCUUAUGAGAAUAUAUAUAUACACAUAUAUAUAAUACCAAUAUAUAUAAUUUGAUAAAUAUAAUAGGCAGCAAUCGAUAUUACUUAUGACGCGUAUUAAAAUUUUACAACACUAUAUUUAUUGUUGAAAUGUUCAUCAGUUUUUAUUCCUUGUUGAAAUUAGCAAAGUAUAGCACCAUCCUCAUUACGAAUCGUGUAUAUAAAUAACAAUUAACAUAACACGUAAAAUAUAUUGAAUCUGCACUUCCUAACGCCCAAUAAUAAGUUUUUUGAGAUAUGAGACACGAUUAUGAUCCCCCCUCAAUUAUACCUGAGAGAAGAAAGUGUGGACACAAAUACCUGUGAUUAUAACUGAGCCGAGACCACGGCGCGUUGUGCCGUCACUAUUUUUCGCUAAAAUACAUAUUAUGUAAUGUGCAACAAUAGAAUUACGAUGAAAAAUAUAAUAAAUUUCGCUAAUUUGUUUCUAUCCCAGCGUGGCGACGACAAAACGUUGCGACUUACACGUCCACACAUUUACACUUCCAUGCAUAUGUAACAAAAAUAUAACACAAUUACACGUGAUGCGUAUAAACACCGAUUUAAAUGCCACGAUAAUGCGAAAUAUCAAGGGUUGUCUUGCAUCAUCACCAUAGAGUAUGAUACAAACCUAUACAUUCGACGAAUAAUUUUUAAUCGUAAGCGAUUUUAUCGAUUAUUAUAUAUAAAUGAAAUGUAUAUCGUAAUAAUGAUUUAUUAUCUGAUUUCUUCGGCUGUGUUUGUAAUGUACGUGAUUACAUAAUAAAUUGUCGAUUACAAAACA